AUGGAAACAAGAUCCGCCAAACGCAAGAAGAUGGCUCAAAUUGUAGAGAACGAUGCCAAAGCAGCCACGGAUCGGAUCAGUGAUCUCCCUGAUGCAGUUCUUCACCAAAUCCUUUUCCUUCUCCCCAUAAAAUGUGUUGCACAAAUGAGCAUUCUUUCCAAGAGAUGGAAGUUUCUUUGGUCCACUUUUCCCGACCUUGACUUCACAACCCUUAACCCAUUUCAAAUCUCUUCCCAAAGCGUCAAGUUUUUGGAGUUUGAGAAGCCAAGGCAACCUUUGGAUUCAUCACGAAUGGAUUUCAUCACCCAAGUUCUCUCUAUUCGUGAUAAGCAUUCAGAUAUUAGGUUUCUUUGUUUUCGUGCGCGUUUGAGUUUUUCGCGGCUGAAUAGUUUGAUCCGUAGGGCCAUUAGGCACAACGUUAGAGAGCUUGAUAUUGGAGCUUCCACAGUGUGUACAGAUGAUUACUUCAACUUUCCUAGGUGUGUUAUUGGAAGUGAAACUCUUAGGGUUUUGAAACUAAAAUCAGGGUUUCGUUUGCCUCCUUCAUCGGUUAUGAGACAUGGCUUUCAAUCCCUACAAACCCUAUCUCUUUCCCUAGUCAUUUUGAACAACCAACCUUCUCUUCCUGAUUUGUUCUCGGAAUCAUCUUUCCCUCUUCUCAAGACCCUAAACCUCGAUUCGUGUUUGGGGUUAAAAUACCUUCAUGUUGGAUGUAGGGCUCUUGAAGAUUUGAAUUUGGAGAGAUGUUAUGAGCUAGAGGGCUUGGAUGUCUCAUGUUCAAAGCUUGAGAGAAUGAGAUUGGCGAAGUGUUUUGAUGCCUAUAGUGACAAGAGUUGGGUGAAAAUCAAUACACCCAAGCUUGAGCGUUUGUGUUGGCAACAUAAUGCAAUCACUGACAUGACUAUGUUUGGGCCUUCAAAUUUGUUGAAUGAGGUCACGGUUGGUUUCUAUGUUUUCACUAGAGAUAAUAUUCUGGGUAAGCUUCAAAGUGCCAUUGAUCUAUUGUCUGGACUCUCUCAUGCGCGUUCUUUGUCUCUUGAAAGGCAAACUAUUGAGAUCCUAUCAAAUAAUCACCUCCUUUUUCAGCCAUUUUAUAAUCUCAAACAUUUAGAGCUGCAUACUGGUUUCAACAAAAGUGAUGUUCCGGGAUUGACAUGCCUAUUCAAGAGCUCUCCCACUCUCGACACUCUGAUUCUCAAGAUCAUUCACGAAUACAGGAUUGAAAGAAAAGAAUGGAAUAGAGACUUAUGGGACAUGACUAUCACUGAGGGAGAGCAGUAUUGGGAGUCUCAAAUCCGAACUCUUGAAUCUUUUCUACAACACUUGAAAGUGGUGAAAAUUCAUGGUUUUCUUGAUUAUGAGAAUGAGGUUGCACUUGCAAAGUUUCUCCUCAAGCAUGGGAAGGCCUUAGAAGAAAUGAUAUUACACACAGGACAUUGCAAUGCAAGAGAUACCCUUAGGAGACAAAAAAUAAGGUCACAAAUGAUGGGAUUUUCUUGGGCUUCUUCUAAUGCAAAAGUGGCAUUUCAGUAG